AUGCACCUCCGUUCGUGCCUUGUGGGGAGUAUUCUCGCUCUCGGCGCCAACGCCUUCCUCGUUAUCCCCGAAGUCGAGGAAGCCGUCGCCCCUGAGGGUGACUUCCCUCCCCUCCACCCUUUGGAGGUUUAUGCUCCCAAGAAAGAGCAGGUUGAGCUUGCCUGCACCGAAUGUCCGUUCCGUGAAGUCAGCGAGGAUGGGAAGGUCAGCUGGACUGACGGCUUCCAAACCUCUUUGUUGGUUGACUUCUCCACUGAAAAUGGCUUCCUUCUGGCCAACGGUCGUCAAAUCUUCCCUCCGCCACCUCCCACUCUCAUCACUGCCGUUCAGCGCCGGGCGUCGGAUGGCGUAGAAACGGAACCCAUCCCGUUGGGAUACGCUGUGGAGGAAAUGCCUUUGCCCACUCCGCCUGAGGACCCUAUGGAUUUGGUCGCUGUGCGUUUCACUGUCCUCGACCUCGAUAGUCGCCCGGUCCCCUUGGAUACGGUGGCUUUGACGCUUCUCCAUGACCCUAGCAGCGGCGAGCUGUACAUCGCCAAGACUGAGAUCGAAGAAGCGACCCCCGACCGCGUCUCUUGGAAACAGUGCCGCGGAAAGCCCAAGUGUCUGAGGAAGCUAUUGUUCAACCGGAUGCGUGCCUUGUUCGCAGCGGCCAAGGCCCGUAUGCUUGGAAUGGCACCUAAGCCGAAGGGCUGCGGUGGUCCUCACGGUUUGGGCUUGCCUCCCCCGCCCCGGCCGCACCAUCAUCACCACCACCACCCCGACGACAAGUUUGACCCUGAGCGCAUGCCGCCCAUGGAGGGAGAGGAGGCCGGGUUCCACGGCCACAUGGACAAGUUUGACCGCCCCCACCAUCAUCACCACAUGCACCACAUGCACCAUGGCCAGUGGGAACGCACCGUCCACCGCGUGGUCCGUUUCAUCGUCGUUCCCGCUGUGCUGGGUGUGUUGGCUGGUCUGGCCGCGAGCGCUCUUGGUAUGCUGGUUGGCCAGAUCGUGGUCUUCAUGUGGCAGCGUUUCCGCCGGUCUACUCCCAAGAAGUCUUUGGAACAGGGUACUGUGUCUGAAAAGCAGGGUCUGAUGAUGGAGUCCGAAGAUCUUCCCCCGGCGUACAGUGAUGAAGAGCCUGUAGCUGAGGAAGUAUCUUCGGCUAAGAAUUAA